AUGACCCUGAGCGCGGACAUGUCCGAUGCCUCCGGCCUCGCCGAGGAGACCGACAUCGACGUGGUGGGGGAGGGCGAGGACGAGGACGACGAGGAAGAGGAGGACGAGGGCGGCGGCGGCGGCGGCGGUGGGGGGCCCCGGCUGGCGGUCCCCGCCUCGCGGCGGCGCCGCUCCUACGCCGAGGACGAGCUGGAGGACCUGGAGGAAGAGGACGACGACGAGGACCUCCUCCUGGCCCCGCGGGCGGGCGGCUCCCCGGGGGCCCCGGGCCCGGCUCCGGGCGCGGGGGCCGGGGCUGGCGCGGGCGGGGGCGCGGGAGGCGUUGGCGUGGGCGCUGCCGGCGGCGCUGGCGGGGGCGCGGGCGGCGCCAAGAACCCGCUGGUGAAGCCGCCCUACUCGUACAUCGCGCUCAUCACCAUGGCCAUCCUGCAGAGCCCCAAGAAGCGGCUCACGCUGAGCGAGAUCUGCGAGUUCAUCAGCGGCCGCUUCCCCUACUACCGGGAGAAGUUCCCCGCCUGGCAGAACAGCAUCCGCCACAACCUCUCGCUUAACGACUGCUUCGUCAAGAUCCCCCGCGAGCCGGGCAACCCGGGCAAGGGCAACUACUGGACGCUGGACCCCGAGUCCGCCGACAUGUUCGACAACGGCAGCUUCCUGCGCCGGAGGAAGCGCUUCAAGCGGCAGCCGCUGCUCCCGCCCAACGCCGCCGCCGCCGCCGCCGAGACGCUGCUGCUCCGCGGGGCCGGGGGCGCGGGGGGCGCGGGCGACCCGGCCGCCGCCGCCGCCGCCGCCGCGCUCUUCCCGCCGCCGCCGCCGCCGCCCGCCUACGGCUACGGCCCCUACGGCUGCGGCUACGGCCUGCAGCUGCCGCCCUACCCGCCGCCCUCCGCGCUCUUCGCCGCCGCCGCGGCCGCCGCCGCCGCCGCCUUCCACCCGCACUCGCCGCCGCCGCCCCCGCCGCACGGCGCGGCCGCCGAGCUGGCCCGGACCGCCUUCGCCUACCGGCCGCCCCCGCUCGGCGCCGCCGCCGCCAUGCCCGGGCCCCUGCCGGCCUCCGCGGCCAAGGCGGGCGGCGGCCCCGGCGCCUCGGCCCUGACGCGCUCGCCCUUCUCCAUCGAGAGCAUCAUCGGGGGCAGCCUGGGCCCCGCCGCCGCCGCUGCCGCCGCCGCCGCCGCUGCGCAGGCCUCGCCCGCGCCCUCGCCCGUGGGGACGCCGCCCGCGCCCGGACCCGGACCAGGACCCGGACCCGGCGGCGGCGGCUGCGCGGCUCAGGCGGCCGUGGGUCCCGCGGCCGCGCUCACUCGCUCGCUCGUGGCCGCCGCGGCCGCCGCCGCCUCCUCCGUGUCCUCGUCGGCCGCGCUGGGGACGCUGCACCAAGGCGCCGCCCUGUCCGGCGUGGAGCCCUUUACCGCUAGGAUUUCCAAUUGUUAG